AUGGAUCCCAAAUAUAGUGUUACAAUCUGCAAUCAGUCAGGGGUGACUCAAACCUAUGUUGUCUUCUCUGGACCCCCCACCAUCAACCCAGCACCACAUCUCGUCCAGACGAACGUGAUGUUUGUUCUCCGCGAAGUCGCUGGCGACGGAGGCCAAGCUUACUUUACUAUGCCUAGCACAUCCCUCUUCGCAAUAUGUGGUACCUUCGAUGGGCGAAGUAAACAUGACUCGUUACAGUUCGAAGUGUUGGAUAGCGUGCCCGUGAAAUUGGGUACCCGAGCGGACGAUGGAACACUGAUAUACGGAACAACAUGCGCUAUGGUUGUACCUCAUUCCUCGCCAAUGUUUUCGGAGACAUCUCCAACAACCCCUUCAGGGGGUCUGGGUUCAUUCUGCGUUAGAACGAAAAAGGAUUUCACUGCCAAGCAGGCAGUUGCAGGUGAGCAGUCGUUCCGCAUAUUCUUUGAAAAAGGCCCUGCCCAUCAAGACAUGUAG